AGAGUAUUUGUCUCGUUGCACACUGCACAAAGAACGUGCGGCGGCCUACUUAAUUGCUGCUCGCUGAAAAUCUUCUUCGCGUUAGCGGGGCUUUUUCCUAAAGGGUGUGAGCCUGAAUAGUUCUUUUGUGGCUUGAGCGGCGAAAAGCUACUUUCAGCAGCAGCGUCAGGUAGCCAGCGCGGCGGCGGCAGCAGUUCUUUUUUUAAGGAUGCCCAAGAACAAGGGCAAGGGUGGUAAGAACCGCAAGAGGGGAAAGAACGAGAACGAGGAGGAAAAGCGCGAGCUGGUCUACAAAGAGGAUGGUCAAGAGUACGCGCAAGUGAUCCGCAUGCUCGGGAACGGCCGUUUGGAGGCGCAAUGCAUCGACGGCAGGAAGCGUCUUUGCAACAUUCGAGGCAAGAUGCGCAAGAAGGUCUGGGUUGCUCAGGGUGACAUCGUGCUUGUUGGUCUGCGAGAUUACCAGGACGAGAAAGCAGACGUCAUCAUGAAGUACACGGCUGAUGAGGCGCGUGUGCUCAAGCAGUAUGGCGAGCUGCCAGAGCACAUUCGCAUCAACGACACAGAUGUCAUCUUCGAGGGUGAAGAUAAGGAGAACCAGGAAUACUUCGAUUUCGAUGACAUUGCAGAGAUUUGAGCGCCAUUCCCUUCCCAGUCUUGGCAUCCUGGGCGGAGAGUUGCGUAUGGACGAUUCGCCUGGUGCGCAGUUCGGGAAAUUUACACUGCCAACGCAGGCCUGUGCACAGUUUGCAUCUCGGUUUGUAGAAGAGAGGCCGGGGUGGACGCAACCGAAGGCAUGUCGCCGAGCGUGUCUUACUGUGCAUACUAACCGGUGGUGCGCCUCCAUAGCCGGGAACGGUGCAGCAUCGAUCAGCUUUCGUGAGGUGUGGACGUUGUAAGGAAUUGGUAGCCAUGGACCCUUUCAGUGGACCCACGAAGCAAGUAGCAAACUGUACUAAUACUUACUAUACGUCCACACUUAGGAACAGAAUUGGGGCAUGUAAUUGGAUCGCAAC